CUGCGACGUUCUUUCUGUUACCACCCCAGACCCCGUGUUUUCUGGCCAACUUAGUUAGCAUCGCAUUGACGUUCUCGAGUAGACCAGACGAGACCAGCUCCACCCCUCCUUUUUCCAAUAAGCCCAAAGUAUACACGAAAGCAACAAGUACUCUCCUAGCGCGACUUUUUUUGGGGUGGUGAACGCAAGUAAUCAAAAGACUGCCGCGAGUAGCACAACUAAAAAAGCAACGAAUCGAAGGCAGAAGAACCAAAAGAAAAGAGAGGGAAAAAAAAGGAGAGGGGAACGAAAACAGAGGACAAGAAAUUAGUUGACUUGCAGACGAUUACAUAUAACCAUAUUUGAUCAGACUUUUAGCGACAGUCAUACAUUAAGAGACCAAAGCAGUCAACAAGAAAGAAUAGACGAAGAAAAGCCAAGCACCAAGGAAAAAAAAGACAGCAACACCAUUCCCCAGCCAGGAACCAAAUACCAAGACAGCCAGGUCCGGACGAACCAAACGGCCGAGUCGAGUCGAUCGAUGGCAGCGCGUGCUCCCAGUGCCGCGCGAUGGACGGCGGGUCUCCCAUAGCGCCUCUUGAGCGCUCCUUUUCUGAGAUCUCGGCCGCGUCGACGAGGAGCCGGAGUAGCCAUCGCUCUACCGUCCGCGCCUCUCGCAGGGCCAAGCUUGUCUCUAACCCGUCCAGCUCCACCACAGCAUCGUCCGUCGACGCCUUGGACAAGUCCCUGACCUCGUUUCCCUCCUUCUCGCCCGGAUCUCCACAGGAGGAAGACCGCCCUACACUCUCACUGGAUGCUCUUGAUGGCGCCUCGUCCCUGCUGUUCAAAAAGCCCGACGAGACCGCCAACAAAUCGCCUUCACCGCCGAGGACCGCCGUCGCGUCGGCAAAAUCCGCCGCAUCGUCCAUCGUUGCGAGUCUAACGGCCAGCUCGCCCAACCCGCAGGCAUCCUCGUCGACCUUUACAUCUUCUUCCAGCCAAGCACGCAACGCCCUUUUUGACGAUGCGCCGCCGCUCGCCCCCAACAAAAUUCCAGGCGCCCUGCACCUCGCCGACGAUGAGCACAUCGGCCGACUCAUUGCCAAGCACGGCGCCGUUGGAUUGGUGCGUCAGGUCGCCGAGGACCUGGCCCAGCGGGACGCUCAGAUAUCAGCGCUGCGUAUCCGCUCGAGCGACCGGGAACGCGCACUGAGGAAGAUUAUAUUAGAAUGCGGACUAUCUACACUAGACCUUGAGACCCGCCUGCGAGCCGUCGAACACGAUGCCGCGAGGGGCCAGCACAAUCGUCAAGUAUCAGAUCUGAUGAGCGAUGCCAUGACAGACAGCGUCUCACGAGAUAUUAGCUACUACACUGCCGGCCAGGCGACCGUGCGUGCACCCAGUAAUGGGCCUCUUCCUGUCGAGACGGACAGUCAGGCCCAAAACAAGGGCACUAUGAAGAUGAUAAAAGAUUAUUUUUGGGGUGGCGGUGGGAGUGGCAGGAACAGUCGCGCAGGUAGUGUCAACGGAGACACUCCUAAGCAGGAACGGUCCCAGCAGACGGUUGUACGCACAUUUACCUCGUCGGACAGGCGCCCGACGCUGAACGAGGAUCUGUUUACGCCACCCGACGUCGAGUCAGUACGGAGCUCUAGCAGGGCCUCUAGCAUCGUCAACUGUGUGACCCCCGCGAGGAAGAGUUCUAUGCCCUUUGCUGCGACCCUGGUGCGGCUGGUUGCCGGCAACAAUGCCGCCAGCUCCAAGGUGGCGGAUGGCCGUGGUAGGGCAGGCAGUUCCGGAUCUGGGGCAGGUGGAUCCCUGCGGACCUCGUCUGUAUCGAGCCAAAGAACUAACGGGUCGACUCGUGCGGUUUCUACUCAGGGUGGGCCAAAAUCUCUAAUGUCGAUGCGGAGGGUCACAGCAGGCACACUAACUGCCAUGCCACCUGGUGCAGGCAGCCGUACCCGAACAGAGGACCGAUGGGAUACGAUGGUCGUAAGUCCUAGUUUGGAGAACAUUUCUCGGCAGGAGAGCUACGGUCCGGUGGAGAUGGACAAGAUCCUCCCGCUGGAGGGACAGCCGCCGACGCUAUCUCAACUGAAUAAUAAUUACCGGGGUUCUGGGGAGCUUACCGAUAGGUUUGGAUUUAUAUAUGAUCAACAACGCAAGAAGCGGCAGAGGGCGGCACAGCUGGCCAGUCAGUUUAGAGGCAGCGGGCCCAAAAAAGUCGAGCUACUUCAGAACGGGAAACCCAACCUGGCGGCCAUUAUUACUGAAGACAGUUCCAGUUCAAAAUGGGAUGUCGCUAGCGAAGGCCGUCCUGGUUCUCCGUCUUCCACCGAGGAAGGCAAGUCGACCUACAGAUGGUACGACUACCUGAAAGUAGUGACAUUUCAGUCAGGGGCGGAACGUACCACCGAGCUACUCUCCGACACCCCUGUUACAAGCGCUGCGGGUAUCGAAGUGACGGAGGGUCCGGACGCCCCCAAGUCCCCUGGCCUGCCAGUGCCCGCCAUAGUUACGUCAGAAGACCGAGGUUUCGUACCACCAGCGAGCACACCAACGUCCGCAGUCGACACGGGCGACGCCACAAUAGUCAGUUUGGAGAGAGAGCCGGCGGCAGCGGCGGCGACUUUUGUCAGAGACGAAGCCGAGCCAGUGAAGCAGCUGCUAAACCAGCUCAACAGUCUUCACGAUGAUCUCCAGAGGAAGCGGAUGGACCGUUGGAACGAGUUUCAACGGAAGGUGCGGGCGGAGCGGCGCAAAGUUGGAGACUCUGCAGUUGCAGAUGCGCGCUUUCACCGCAUGCCUGAGACAAAGCUGGCCGAUGGGGAGCUGAUUGGGAUUGCAGACCUCGGAAACAAGGGGAAAGUAGGCCGCGCCAAGUGGAGCGAGUUCCGCAGUCUCGUUCUUGGCGGCAUACCCGUGACGCUUCGUGCCAAGGUCUGGGCCGAAUGCUCGGGUGCCCUGGAGCUGCGAGUGCCUGGCUACUAUGAUGAUCUUGUUUCUCGACCGAUUGCCGAGGAUAACGCAGAUGUGGUGACGCAGAUUCGGGCUGACAUCAACCGUACGCUAACCGACAACAUUUUUUUUCGCAAGGGUGCUGGCGUUGAGAGGCUCCACGAAGUGCUGCUUGCGUACUCCCGGCGCAAUCCCGAGGUUGGCUACUGUCAAGGCAUGAACCUGAUCGCUGCAAACCUGUUGCUCGUGACGCCCUCUGCGGAGGAUGCUUUCUGGCUCCUGGCUGCCAUUGUCGAAAAGAUUCUUCCUGCAGGCUACUAUGACCACUCGCUACUUGCCAGUCGAGCGGACCAACAGGUGUUGCGUCAGUAUGUUGCCGAGGUGCUCCCCCGGCUGUCGGCGCAUUUUGACGCUCUGGGGAUCGAUCUUGAGACAAUGACAUUCCAGUGGUUCCUAUCCGUCUUCACGGACUGCCUCUCGGCCGAAGCCCUCUUCCGAGUCUGGGACGUCAUCCUCUCCCUGGCGGGCGAUGGUUCAACCUUUUUGUUCCAAGUAGCCCUCGCCCUCCUCAAGCUCAACGAAACCCAGCUUCUCACGCAGUGCACGUCUCCGGCAGCGGUCUACACGUACAUCAACCACCAGAUGACGGACCACGCCAUCAGCAUCGACGGCCUGGUCCAGGCAUCCGAGGGCCUCAGGAGACUGGUCAAGAGGGAGGACGUGGCAGCGCGGAGGCAAGCAGCCGUGGCUGCCGAGCGCGAAGUGGCUCAGCAGAGGGAGCAGGAACGCGCUGCCAGGACCGAGAGGGUGAAUGCGGCGCGCGCAUCGCGCAAGGCUGUUGCUGCGGCGGCCGUCAUAACUGGCGAAAGCGUGUGUGCGAGCCCGACGGGCACAGCCACGCCAAGCAUAGUCGCGUCCAGCAGGAGCGUCUCCCCAGCGCCCCCACUAUCGCAGCCUGAAGUUUAGCAUGGGAAACACCAAAGGCUCGAUCUUCUUCGGCGACACACUCUCAAGGACGAUCUUGACGACAGGUAUGAUGGUCAGUGAGACUGCAAAAAGAAAACAGCGAAGUAGCGCUCAGCGCAAGAGCUUGGAUUUCAGGUCUCUUUUUUUCCCUUUUUCUUUAACCUAGUUGUUUCUUCUCAACUUUUUCAACGCCUCAUCCUUCUCUCGGGCUCUCUUUCUCGGCAUUCAGCAAGCACUUGGCGUUUUAAUCCUGUUCUUUGAUAUAGUAAUUCUUUGUUGUUUUUACGGCUUUACACCGUUAUCAGCCGCUACAGUCAUACAAUCAUUUUUAUUCUUGCUUUUCCUUUUUUGGUCUUUGUUGUCACGGUUUCUCCAGCCUCUUUGCAAAUCGUUAUAGAACGGGAAAGCUCAUUGAUACCCCCUCUACCUUUUUUUGUCUCAUUCAACAAAAUUCCCCAGCAAAUUCCCACAACCUGGUAACAGUUUUGUAGUUUAAUCCAAAUGUCUGUCCUUUUUAUCCAAUAGAAAAAGAAGGUGGUAUUGCGUAAUACCUGUUUACGCUCAUUUAUGAUAGCGUUGAAUAGAUGCCCUGUUGAUCAACACUUGCUAGCCACA